AUGGCAUCCCUCAAUCUUUCGUCCAACGGCCCCUCGAUAUCGAAAAGCUACCAGGCAGUUGUGAACUCUUCACUUCCAUCUGGAAGUGCUGGUUCCCCUACCUAUGCUCAAUGGGCUGUCUUCUCGGUGUCUGCCCCGCUUGUUAAUGCCUUCCAGCAAGAUGCCGGUAACAAAGAAAGUGUGCUCAAGGUUCAAACGACGGGAGAUGGUGAAUUGGUGGAUCUCAUCGACGAGUUCUCCGAAGGGAAGGUGCAGUUUGCCUAUGUGAAGGUGACAGAUCCCAACACGAGCUUGCCCAAAAACGUCCUUAUCGCGUGGUGUGGUGAGGGCGUGCCCGAGAGGACAAAGGGAUACUUUACUAGCCACCUCUCCGUCGUAUCCAAAUUUCUACAUGGCUAUCAUGUCCAGAUUACUGCCCGUGCCGAUGGAGAUCUGUCUCCCGAGGGUAUCAUUCAGAGAGUUGCUGAUGCCUCCGGAUCCAAAUACUCGUCUGCCGAGUCUCCUGCUCCUGUCUCUGUGUCUGCCCCUCGGCCUGCGGUCGCAAGCAAGCCCGUUUUUACUCCGAUCAGAACUGGCGGAAUUAGUUCGAGCCCAGCUCCGACUGUUCCCAGGCAACCUACAUCUUCUGCCUUGGAUGAUGAUGGCUGGGGCCCCGAUGCGCCUCCGGUGACCCGAACCCAACUGGAAAAAGUCCAACCCGCUUAUAAACCCACCAAAGUCAACCUGCAGGAUCUCAAAGCUGCGAAUACUUCCUCGACUAGCCGACAACCCGCUGCUCCCAUGACUGAAGACCAUAGCGAUGUUGUGAAGGGUGGCUACCAGCCUGUUGGCAAGGUGGAUAUUGCCGCUAUCAGGAAGCAGGCUGCGGAGUCCGGCCAGCUCAAAGAUGAUCGCCCGGCUCCUGUCAAAGGAGCCUAUGAACCAGUCGGCAAAGUUGACAUCUCGGCUAUUCGCGCAAGGGCACAGAAGCCCGAGAGUGCGGGCAGUGGUGCUGUGGGUGAGGCACCCAACACUACAGUCAAGAAUGAGCCCCCAACGGCACUGCCCGAGCGACCGGCGCCACAUUCUGCAGAGCGUCUGACAAACCUGCCGAAACCAAAAGUUACAAAGAAGUUUGGUAGCGGUCCAUCCUUCACCGGAACGAAACCCCCUGUUCCAGCUGCCCUCGGCCCCAAGCCGACCUCUGCGGCAGCUCCGAUAGGCACUGCAAGCCGAACGUUCGCCGACGAGGGCGGGAAGACACCUGCCCAAUUGUGGGCCGAACGCAAAGCCAAAGAGCGUGGGGAGGCUCCGUCGGGAGGCGCUGCGCCUCCCCCGAUCCAGAGCCAGACUAGCGGUCAAGGAGAAUGGAAGAGCUCUUACGCUGGCAAGACUUGGGCUCCGGUUCAUACCAAAUACGAUCAAUCCACCGAGUCUCAAACUGUGGAUGCCAAGGCCACUGAUUUCGAAGACGCAGAACCCCAGGGCUCUCAACCCAAUGUCCGAGGUAUUCGCGAUCAGUUCACCCACGAUACUUCUGCGCUUUCUCCUCCGCCAGUUCCCCAGGCCAGCCGUCCGGUCCCCGUUCCUGAUCUGCCCGCUGGGCCCACGGAGCCCGAGGCUGCACCCGAGUCUCAGCAGGUUCUCCCGGACCCGCCGCAGCAGCCUCGCUCUCCUACGCCUCCUACACCUCCGGUCCGGGAGAGCUCGCCUAUUCGAGUGGCCAUGCCCGUUGGCCGCAGCGUCGCGGAUGCUCACGAAGAGCAACAUGCUCCACCCCCGUCAAUGCCCGUUCAAAGCCUCCAGGAGGCUGUGCCCGACGAAAGGGACAUUGAGGACAGUGCGCAUGACAUCGGCCGUGCUGCAGCUGAGGCUACCGUUCCUGACCAACAGCCCGGUGGAAUACGGGCCCUGGUUCAGUAUGACUAUGAGAAAGCCGAGGACAAUGAGAUUGAUCUGAGAGAAGGAGACUAUGUGACUGAGAUUGAAAUGGUGGACAGAGAUUGGUGGCUAGGCGUCAAUGCUCAAGGGGAGCGGGGCCUUUUCCCCGGCAACUAUGUCGAGGUCGUGGAGGAGCAAUCUGCACCACACGCGCCGGUCGAGACGCAUGAACCCGAGCCCGUGCCGGAGCCCACACCCCAACCUUCGGCCGCUGCUCCCCCAAGCUCUCAAGGGCCAACUGCCACGGCUUUGUAUGACUACGAGGCUGCUGAGGACAACGAGAUCAGCUUCCCCGAGGGCGUCCAGAUUGUGAACGUUGAAUUCCCCGACGAUGACUGGUGGCUAGGAGAGUAUAAGGGGGCACGAGGACUGUUCCCCGCCAACUAUGUGCAGUUGGAUGCCUCAGCAUCACGUGCCAUAAACAACCGUGGAAGGCGCCGCUCGGCCCAGGUGGCUUUUGCACGCGGCUCCUUGAACGGCUGGCCUUCUUUCCCCUCUCUGGUUCUGACCCCGGAGUAUUACUGCCACUUUUCGGGAGCCUGUCGGCUUCAUCUUCUGAUCAUGGCAUCUUUGGGUGAGGACCUGCUUGUGACGGUGAACAAGUUGCAGGACUUGGUGUUCAAUACCAUUGGGAACGACUCUCUUGAUCUUCCCCAGAUUGUUGUUGUCGGGUCCCAAUCGUCCGGCAAGUCGUCGGUAUUGGAGAAUGUCGUCGGCCGGGAUUUUCUACCGCGAGGCAGUGGCAUUGUCACUAGACGACCCUUGAUUCUGCAACUGAUCAAUAUACCCAGUGAACGCUCCGACAAGCCAGAAUCGGACGAGGUCCACGUGCCGCAUACGGCUGCCAGCGUUGCCGGCCAGCAUGAAUGGGCCGAAUUCCACCAUCUCCCAGGCCGCAAGUUCGAUGACUUUGCGCUGGUGAAGCAAGAGAUCGAAGCCGAGACAGCCAGGAUAGCAGGUAGCAAUAAGGGCAUCAACCGACAACCUAUCAAUCUCAAGAUCUUCUCGCCUCAUGUCCUGAACUUGACGCUGGUGGACUUGCCCGGUUUGACCAAAGUGCCGAUCGGCGACCAGCCGACCGAUAUCGAGAAACAGACGCGCACUCUGAUUUUGGAAUACAUCGCCAAACCGAACAGCAUAAUUCUUGCGGUCUCCCCAGCCAACGUCGACCUGGUCAACUCCGAAGCACUGAAACUUGCACGCCAGGUGGAUCCUAUGGGUCGGAGGACGAUUGGGGUCCUAUCUAAGCUCGACCUUAUGGAUCAUGGGACUAAUGCGAUGGACAUUCUGUCCGGGCGUGUCUAUCCUCUGAAGCUGGGGUUCAUCGGCGUGGUCAACCGGUCGCAGCAAGACAUCCAGUCUGGCAAAUCUCUAUCCGACGCUCUGCGAGGAGAGGCGGAGUUUUUCCGGCAUCAUCCUGCGUAUCGAAACAUGGCCACUCGGUGUGGAACACACUUUUUGGCCAAGACCUUGAACACUACCCUUAUGUCGCAUAUUCGCGACCGGUUACCGGAUAUCAAGGCUCGUCUGAACACUUUGAUGGGUCAGACGCAACAAGAAUUGGCUAGCUAUGGCAACAAGCAGUUUAGUGGCAAGGAACACCGCGGAUCAUUGAUUUUGCAAUUGAUGACCAGAUUCGCCUCUUCGUUCAUCUCGUCGAUUGACGGAACUUCUUCGGAGAUCUCGACCAAGGAGCUCUGCGGAGGAGCGCGGAUUUACUACAUCUUCAACUCGGUUUUUGGCAAUUCCCUCGAAACGGUCGACCCUACACAAAACUUGACCGUCUCCGACAUCCGAACGGCCAUUCGGAACUCGACGGGCCCCCGUCCGAGUCUGUUUGUCCCGGAGCUGGCCUUUGAUCUGCUUGUCAAGCCUCAAAUCAAACUGCUUGAGGCACCCAGUCAAAGAUGCGUGGAAUUGGUCUACGAGGAACUCAUCAAGAUCUGUCACACUUGCGGCUCACAAGAGCUCUUGCGGUUCCCCCGACUCCAAGGUAAACUCAUCGAGGUCGUAUCCGAUCUGCUCCGCGAACGCCUGGGGCCCUGUUCAGGCUAUGUGGAAUCCUUGAUCUCUAUCCAGAGAGCCUACAUCAAUACCAACCACCCGAAUUUCCUCGGCGCUGCCGCCGCGAUGUCGUCCAUCAUCCAGAACAAACAGGAAGAAGAGAGGAAGGCUGUGUUGGCAGAGGAAAAGAAAAAACGCGAGAAGCGGCGCCUGAAGGAAUUGGGCAUGGUCAAUGGCACGACUGCUCUUGAUGAGGAAGAAGUGCAUUCCGAAUCCAAACAACAAAAUCUCCCCAUCCGAAGUCAGUCCACGAAGGGCGCCCGCAGCAUGUCUCCUCAUGUUGGUCGACCCGCAGAGAAUGGCAUUGCUGCGAGUCUGAACGGGGCACACUCGAACCAUUCGGCCGCAUUUGGUGCCUCCAAUACCGCCCGCGAUUCGUUUUUGAACUAUUUCUUCGGCAAAGAAGGGGGUGCUCAACAUGCGCCCCCUGCUCCGCAGAGUGGAAUAAACGUAUCCCGGCAAGGCCAUGCAAGUGAACCUAGCAUCAGCCAGAGUAUUCGCCGUGCCGAGAUGCGAUCGCCUGUCAUGCCCUCUGAAGAAUAUACCGCCCCGCCCGAGUACGGUGGUGACGUGUCUGUGUUUCCCCAUGAAAAUGCAGAGCCUGCUCUCACAGAUCGUGAGAUGCUCGAAACUGAACUCAUUCGCCGCCUUAUCUCCUCCUACUUCAACAUCGUACGCGAGACCAUUGCCGACCAGGUUCCCAAGGCCAUCAUGCAUCUUCUGGUCAACCAUAGCAAAGACGUCGUGCAGAAUAGACUAGUCAGCGAACUCUACAAAGAGGAUCUUUUCGGCGAGUUGCUCUAUGAAGAUGACGGUAUCAAGGCCGAGAGGGAAAAGUGCGAGCGGUUGCUGGAGACAUACAAAGAAGCCGCAAAGAUUGUGGGCGAGGUGUUAUAG